AUGGCCGAACCCGAGGUUGUCAUCGACGCCAGCGAGAGCAACACUCCUGCACCCACCCAGAGCCAGGAUGUCGACAUGGGAGGUCAGGACGAGAGCACCCAGCCCGAGAACAGCGUCGACCCCAGCACCGAGCAGCAAGAUGUCGAGCCUAGCGGUCUCGAGAACCUUGAGCCAGAACUCCCCGCCCGCGUCACUUUCCUAGAGUGA